CCACCGAGAAACUUGUUCUCUUGGAAUCGGCGCUCCGAAUCUUAAGGUUCCGUUAUGGUCGCAGCACGUUGUCGCCGAUCCGCGAUUUAAGACCUGAAGUGCAGGCAAGAACGUCCUAUAGAUCGUGUCUUAGGGAUGCUUCAGCCUCAGCACUCGUCUGGGCGUGACAGGAAGCAGAGGCAUUGGCUUCGCUUUGCGUGGCGUCUGUAGCUCCUGGACUCUGGGUUCCGGGAUGGGCCCCUUACCCUCUCGCGAGGUUUCCCAGAUUCAUUUUCCUUGUUUGUUUUAUCCAUACAUGUGGGAACACAGAAGAAGGACGCUUCCCCAGUACCCUGGUGGUUUAAACCCGGGGAAGAAACGUGUAAUGCUAGGUGCUUGAAGAGGCCUGAGCUAUCAGAUCCCACUGGUGCUGAGUUCACAGGCAGUUAGCCGAGAUCUGCCGUCUCCAGUUGGAAACGCACAUGAGAAACUCUUCUGAAGCCACCGGACUCAUCAGAAGAUCCCAGACAGCCUUGGGUGAGAACUGUGAUCUCCUGCACGGAUCACCUCCCUUAAGACACAGCACCCUCGCGUCACAGCAGCUCCAGACCCCGUCGCUACCGGAAAGUUAUAGGCACAGGAACCGUGGAGACCAGCGCGGCCCAGGAACCGCGGCUCUUGCAAAACCCACAGAUAUUUCUUUAAAAACAAAACUCUAACCUGAGGUUUAUGGUGCAUUUUUACCUUCAAAGGGGAAGAGAAAGACACUGUCACCCAGGAAUCCAGCUCUGGACAAUCGAGGAACGUUCUUCCCAGGAUGGUCUCCCACUGUGAGCUGAGGGAACUCAUCUGCUCAGCAGAUGCGGUGUGCUUUGACGUCGACAGCACAGUCAUCCGAGAGGAAGGCAUUGAUGAGCUGGCCAAAUUCUGUGGUGUGGAGGCGGCUGUGUCUGAAAUGACACGGAAAGCCAUGGGAGGAGCAUUGCCUUUCAAAGAUGCGCUCACUGAACGCCUGGCACUGAUCCAGCCCUCCAGGGAGCAGGUGCAAAGGCUCCUAGCUGAGCACCCUCCACACCUGACCCCCGGGAUAAGGGAACUGGUCAGUCGCCUACAGGAGCGCAAUGUGCAGGUGUUCCUCAUAUCUGGUGGCUUUAGGAGUAUCGUGGAGCAUGUUGCUGCGAAGCUCAAUAUCCCAACAGCCAACGUAUUUGCCAAUAGGCUGAAAUUCUACUUCAAUGGUGAAUACGCAGGUUUUGAUGAGAUGCAGCCAACAGCCGAGUCUGGUGGGAAAGGAAAGGUUAUUCGAUUUUUAAAGGAAAAAUUCCACUUUAAGAAAAUAAUCAUGAUUGGAGAUGGAGCUACAGACAUGGAAGCCUGCCCUCCCGCCGAUGCUUUCAUUGGGUUUGGAGGAAAUGUGAUCAGGCAACAAGUCAAGAACAACGCCAAGUGGUACAUCACUGACUUUGUUGAGCUCUUGGGAGAACUGGAAGAAUAGUCUCAGCUUCCUGUCCACUGAGAACACCUCCAGUCUCUCAGAGCUACAAUCAGGCUCCCGGUACAGUCCGGGAGGUAGCUAGUUUUGUCUACUGCAGUUCCAAUAUUAAUAUGACUACUAAUUACCUGGAGAGUUUUAUACUCUGAAUUCUUUGUGUAUAUUCCUACCUAUAUCUUACCUGGAGCUUUCUGAGGUGUGUGGUAAAGUAAAUGCUUUUACUCUUG